CGAAGCCGGCGGGGACACAUUUGAAUGUUACACACCGAAGUGAACUACUGUGAGCGUUUGGACGUUGAGUGUUACCGCGGCUGUCAAGUGUGUUGACAUAGUCGUUACUGCACCGAAUGUUUUCGUAGGAGUACUUACGAACGGUGAUCAAAAGAUUAUCAAAUAAAAGAAGAUUAAGAAAAAGUCGAUUUGCUACAUGCAAAUGAUCUCUCCAGACGAUGAAGUGAGAGUAUGUGGUUUUCUGUCGUCAAGAAUUCUUAAUAGCACAAGGCUGCUUUGCUUAAAAUCUCUGUCAUGGACAUCCCCGAAAAUUUUCUGCACAAGAAUGGAAGACAUCGCAAGCACCCAGUCUCUUUGGAUAUGAAGACAAGUAACUGCAAUAAUGUUCAAGGUUUUGAAGAGCAGGAGAAGGUCAAUUUACUGCAGGACCCAGACAAUGAAAUCUUGCAUUCUGUUCCCAGAUCCUGCAAAGGCCUCAAAGGAGAACUUGGAAAUAUCUCUUUACUACUUUUUCUUUAUGUACUUCAGGGGAUUCCAUUAGGCUUGGCAGGGAGCAUACCCCUUAUUUUACAAAGUAAAAAUGUCAGCUAUACUGAUCAAGCUUUUUUCAGCUUUGUGUUUUGGCCUUUCAGCCUCAAACUUCUUUGGGCACCAUUGGUGGAUGCUAUUUACUUUAAAAAAUUUGGAAGAAGAAAAUCCUGGCUUGUGCCAACCCAGUAUCUUUUAGGACUCUUUAUGCUGUAUCUGUCUUUUAAAGUAGACUCAUUACUUGAGGGCAAUGAACAAAAGGGCCCUGACAUUGUUGUUCUUACUGCGGUAUUUUUUAUUUUUGAAUUUUUGGCUGCUACUCAAGACAUAGCUGUAGAUGGCUGGGCCUUAACCAUGUUAUCCAGGGAAAAUGUGGGCUAUGCAUCCACUUGCAAUUCGGUUGGUCAGACUGCAGGAUAUUUUUUAGGCAAUGUACUAUUUUUGGCUCUUGAGUCUGCUGAUUUUUGUAACAAAUAUUUGCGUUUUGAACCAGAGGCAAAGGGGAUUGUUACCCUCUCAGAUUUCUUAUUUUUCUGGGGGAUUGUUUUCUUGAUCACAACAACACUAGUUGCACUAGUAAAGAAAGAAACCUGCAAACUUUCAAAAUCAAAAGAGGAAACCCAGGGAGUAAUGGAAACGUAUAAAUUGCUCUUUUCAAUUGUCAAAAUGCCAACAGUUUUGACAUUUUGCCUUUUGCUGCUUACAGCAAAGAUUGGGUUUUCUGCUGCAGAUGCAGUAACUGGACUUAAAUUAGUUGAAGAAGGUGUUCCUAAAGAACAACUGGCUUUGCUGGCUGUGCCAAUGGUACCAUUGCAGAUUCUUUUGCCGCUGAUUAUUAGCAAAUAUACAGCUGGGCCUCGGCCACUUGAUAUCUUUUACAAAGCUUUUCCUUUUAGGUUACUCAUGGGUCUUGAGUUUGCUUUGUUGGUUUGGUGGACUCCAAAUGUAAAGCAAGAAGGAGGAUUUCCAGCAUACUACUAUCUAGUAGUUCUUCUAAGUUAUGCGAUACAUCAGGUUGCUGUGUAUAGCAUGUAUGUGGCUAUUAUGGCUUUCCAUGCUAAAGUUAGUGACCCCGUAAUUGGAGGAACAUACAUGACUCUUUUGAACACUGUAACUAAUUUGGGUGGUAACUGGCCUUCUACAUUAGCACUGUGGCUGGUAGAUCCGCUCACCGUCAAAGAAUGCAUAGGGGCUGAAGGGCAAAGUUGUGGUUCUUCAGAAGAAAUAGCAUUGUGCACAAAACUCGGAGGCUCAUGUUUGACCACUUUAGAUGGAUAUUAUGUGGAAUCUGGAAUCUGCAUCAUUAUUGGCUUUGUGUGGUGGUUCUGGCUUGGGAAGAAAAUGCGGCACUUACAGGAGGAGAAACAGUCUGCAUGGCAGUGCAGGAUAACCAAAUAAUACUGUAUGUAUAUAUAAAGAUUUGCUUGAUAUGAGUCAAGCUUUAAUCCUGGUAUAGCCAUUCCAGGUUCUAUAGUGAAGCAGGAUCUUCUCAAUUUUUCAUUGUAAACAAAUUACAGUUUAAAAGCUUUUCUAUUUUUCUUCAUUUGUCUAUGUAAUCUGGAGGAGCUGUACUGUUUGGAUUAAAAUAUUUCUUACACUGUACUAGUUUUAAAUUGUCUUUAAAUUAAUUGAUUAAAAGAAGACAUGGUACUUGAAAGUAUUAAGAUGCCUCAUUACAGUGUUUAGUGAAUUAAACUUGUUAUCGAAUAAUGAAAUCAAGAAUAUGUUUACAGUAAUGAUACUUAGGUCAUUAGUAAAGUACAAUCCAUCAGACUUUUUCAGAGCAAGUGCCUUUAAAGUCUCAUUUUAUAAUGAAGUUGAAAUUUUAUCACUCUGCUGCUUACUUUGUAAUAUCUUUCAAUAACUGCACACCAGGGCAUUCAAUUGUAGGUGAUAAAGACUGAUGGCCUGAGCAGACCUCAUAGAUCACAUAAUGUUCCUACUUAUACUCUAGUCAAGGUUAAAACUAAUACAUUUUCAUAGUAUAAUUGGGAGCUCGGCAUAUUCUUUUUUCAAAUGUGAAUGGCAAGAUCUGCCAAACUUUUUUGCAUUGCUUUAGAAAGUAAAAGUAUACCCAUCUACAAGUAAUAUGAAUAAAAUGAACCUGUUUGUAUUCUGAUCAAGUUGAUAUCAUCUGUUCAUUAAAAUUUUAUGAAAGCUUUUGAGGCAAGAGUGUAAUAUUUAUUUAAUUUUACAAGUUUUACAGGUUACAUUCCUGAAUUUACUGGUUGUGAUUUUUACCGCUUCUGUAAGUGUAUUUUUACCAUGCUUUUUCUUUUAGGUUACAUUUUUGUUUUGCAUGAAUGUGUCACUUCAUUAAGCUUUUGCGACAUGGACAGUUAAAUUGUUUACCUGCAUUAAACAUAAUAGACCAAAAAUAUUAACUUUACAUAGAACACUAUAAAUGGCUAUAAUUAUCGACCAUAAGUUUUUAGCUUCUAUACUGUAAACUUUUAAUGGCUUUCUUGUGUUUUAACACAAUUUUUUAUAAUAAGCAAUAAAAGAGUACUAUUUUAAUAUAUUUAAAUCAGA